UUGAACACCUUUAUCCCUCGCAACUAAAUAUAAACCCUGUCCAGUUAUACUCAAGUUUCUUCUUAAUGAAGUCAGUUUGAUGUUUUGUUGUUUUUUUAACUUGACAGUAGUAAGAUGGACAUUGGACCACGGUGUAGCUGGUAAGAUUACCUACUCUUCUGUUGGCUGUUUUCAUCGAGAGCCUCCUCAGAGACAGCCUCAGGGGCCCAGGCUGCCGAAGUUUGAAGAGCCCCAAACAGAGUGACCCGAUCCAACUCGAAAGGCCGGUUUCUGGCGCCAGUCCAAAGAAAUUACUACAGAGUGCAACAUGGACCUGGAUAGCAAACGGCUGGUGGUGGUGGUGCCAAAUGAAAUGUCGGUGGCCCCCCGCAGAGUGUUCAGCAGUGAGGAUGAGGCGUGGAAGAACUACCUGGAAAACCCGCUGAUCGCCGCCACCAAGGCCAUGAUGAGCAUCAAUGGAGAUGAGGACAGCGUGGCAGCUCUGGGGCUGCUGUAUGACUACUACAAGGUUCCUAGAGAGAGAAAGCGCUCGUCCGGCGGUGUCCCGCCCCCGGACCCCUCCAGCGCCUACGGCGGCCCGGACGUCCUGGAUCACCACAGCCAGGCCCUGAGAUCCAUGCCGGUGAACCUCUCCCUGAACGGCUCCGCGGCGGAACAUCACGGCUCCAAGCGUGCCGCUGCCGCCGUUGCCUCGGAUACCAGAGGAGGAGACGGCAGAGGCGGCGGCUGUGCGCCUCUCGCCCUGGUGAAAACGGAGAGCCAGGCGUCCACUCCGGUUUUAAGCUCUCACCCGGAGGAACCCAGAGAGCAGCUGAGGAUGCUUUACGAGCGGAGCUGCUACGACUUAUCGCUCUCUGGGUACCAAAGGGACGAGCAGAGCAGCCCUCCGGACAGCACGUAUGAGGAACGGCUGGGGGAAGAGAUUUAUCACAGAAGUCGAUCUUCACGAGUCGACGCGUCCCUCCAUCAACUACCAGUUGACUGCUUCACCUACAGCCUGGAGGCCAACAUGUCUCUGCGGCCGCGCCAAGGGGAAGGCCCCAUGGCCUACCUGAACCGUGGCCAGUUCUACGCCUUGUCUCUGUCCGACAGCGGCUACAGGUCGGCCCACUGUCAGCCCAGGGGCCCGGCGUCCAGCGGCGAGCGGCGCGCCUCUCUGAGAGGCUCCGACCUGCAGCGGGACACCGUGGUGCAGAGUGUGAUCAUGGUGGUGUUUGGGGAAGACAAGUCCAGAGACGACCAGCUCAAGAACUGGAAGUACUGGCAUUCCAGACAACAUACUGCAAAGCAAAGGGUACUGGAUAUUGCCGACUACAAGGAGAGCUUCAGCACCAUUGGGAACGUGGAGGAAAUCGCCUACAACGCCGUGUCUUUCACCUGGGACGUGAGCGAAGAAGCCAAGGUCUUUAUCUCUGUCAACUGUCUGAGCACAGACUUCUCGUCUCAGAAGGGAGUGAAGGGCAUGCCUCUGAUCAUCCAGAUCGACACCUACAGCUACAACAGCUGCAGCAGCCGGCCCGUCCACAGGGCCUUCGCUCAGAUCAAGGUCUUCUGUGACAAGGGAGCUGAGAGGAAGCUGCGCGAUGAGGAGAAGAAGCAACUAAGGAGGAGGAUAAAAGGAAAGAACAGCAGCUUGGGGCCGAGCUCCCCCAUCAGGAGGGCUGAAAGCACGCUGUUCAAAAGCAUACUGGACCUGGACUCCCAGCCGGUCCUGUUCAUCCCUGAUGUCCACUUCGGGAACCUGCAGAGAGCGGGGCAGGUGUUUGCCGUCAGCACUGAUGAGGUUCUUGUGGAGAGAGGGCUGCCUAAGAAGACCAUGUCAAGUCAGGAAGAGAUCUGCCCACCGCAGCCCAAGAAGUCCAGAGUGGAGCCUGAACGGAGAGUUCUGCUGUAUGUGAGGAAGGAGUGUGAUGAGGUGUUUGAUGCCUUAAUGCUGCACGCCCCAACCCUCGGCGCGCUGAUGGAGGCGAUUUCUGAGAAAUACACAUUGCCUGUUGAGAAGAUCGCCAAAGUUUAUCAGAAAAGCAAAAAAGGGGUCCUGGUGAACAUGGACAACAACAUCAUCCAGCACUACUCCAACGAGGACACCUUCAUCCUCGCCUUGGAGAGCUCAGCCGACUCGUUUCACGUCACCCUGUCAGAAAUAUGACCUCCGUCAGCCUCAGCGCCGGAUUCAGUCAUUACUUUAUACGGACAGAGAAGAUGCCUGCUGAGUGAGGCAACAGAACUGGGUAGACACUCACAAGCAUCUCAAGUAACCGUUAAGAAUGGCACCAAGCAGGGUUCCCUGAACGCCACGCGGCAGUCUUAGGAAGGCAGCCUGGUCGCUUUCUGAACAGUUUUUUUUAUUCCGUUGGAGCUGAUAAUAUUCCAGAUCCACAUAAAGCAACAUGCUGGUUUGCUGAGGUUCCACAGGAUGAACACUAAACACCAAUGAGGUCUGCUGCUAGCGCCUCGUCUGCUUCCUGACUCGGCCAAAAGUUGUGCAGGUUGGUGUAUUGUAUGAUCUAGCAUAGCAUUAUUCAUGGUUCUAUGUUUACAGCUCUACACAAUGCCUCUAGAAAGUAGUUCCUAUGUUUUUCCUUGUUUUCUUUUUACUCUGAAUUCUUUUUUUUUUGGUGUCAAAAGUUUGCAUGUGAGUUGCAAAUAGAUGUUGUCUGAGAAUUUUAAAAUGACAUGAUAGCAGUAUAGUGCUUUUUUUCUGGGUUCUUUCCAACAUUAUUUAUAUUUGCUCCAAACUGAAGAGGUUUAUACAACUUUCUGAGAUUUCAGUUCAGAGCUUUACUUUCCUCUAUUUUUAACCAUACUGAAAAUGAUAUUGCGUGUCAACUUCUGUAUCAUUCUGUCUUUGGCACCAUGAUGUACAGUCUUAUUCAUGAAUCAUUAAAUAUAGUUUUAUACGCAGAACUCUGUGUGUCUCCGUUUGGUUGCAACAAAAUCUAAAUGUUGAGGAUUAAGUCACUUAUGGAGGCUUUAAAAUUUUGUUUUUACAAGAAAAAAGUAUUUAUUUUUAAUCUAAGCCUUGAGGUUUUGUAGUUCUUCUCCUUUUCUAGUAAAUGAUCUCAGUCUAAUUUUUUUUUUACAUUAUAAAAGUCUGACAUUUUAACAGAGAUGCUUGGGCUUUUUCCGUCCAACGUAAGACAGAAUCACAAUUUAAGGAAACAAAAAUGAACCACACACACACACACCACAUGAAUACGUGCACGCAGUACGCCAUGGAUUUAAUUCUUGCCUUUUAAUUGACCAAAAAAAGAACAAAAAAUAAGAGAGAAUCCUGCGUUUCAAAACGUCAGUCACUAAAAUACAGGAUACCUUACAAAACCUACAAAAUUCAACAAUUACAAACAUUUUGUUCAACAUAUAACCAUUCUAUAGUAUAAAUUUAUACAAUACUGUUUUGUUUUUAUUUGGCACUUGGUCACAAUUCGCUAAUUUGUAUUUGACAGAAAUAUUACACCUGACGCAUUUCUUUUCUUUUUCCUUUUAUAAGAAAAGCUUCUCCGUGUAUAUUUAUAUAUAUAAAAACAAACAGUAAAAGCGACACAUUGUGACAGCAUCGUUGCAGUAGUUCGGAUUCUCUGUUGGUCUUCUUCUUUAGCAUUUUUCUGAACAUUCAAAGCUCCUCGAUGCUCGGUUACAUUCACGGGGCGGCUUCAGGCGGAUCCCGCUCAGACUCCAGACUCUCUCCUCCGGAACGCGGAACGAAGCCGAACGAAGCCGAGCGAAGCCGAGCGAGGCGAGAAAUCCGAGCGAAUCCUCCCGCGCGCAUCCGCCGGGACGCGCUCGUUGUUUGACCGACAGCCCGCCGUUCCGCUGGCAGUUUGAGUAUCUAUGAACUUAUAGUAAAAAAAACACACAUGCGCUUAAGUCACAUGCAAACGCGUCGUGUUAAGUUUACACGCCCGUGUACCCAACGACUACAUGCAGCAUUUCAUUAAACAAGUUAAAAGAGAGCGCGAGGCGUUUCUGUGCGCCUCACUUUUUAGUCCGAAAUAAAAGAAUCUGGUCCGCAUGCUUGAUAUCCGGCGACAUUUAAAUAAACAUCUUCUAUUAUUAUUAUUAUUAUUUUCAUUAUUAUUAUUUCACCACAACUUUGUUCGGAAGCGAACGUUCUGGACUACAUGGAAUUGCUCAAUGAGCUUAGGUGCACUUUAAAAAAAACCUACACAGUUCUCGAAAUACCUGGAAAGACUAAAGUGUGUGUUGUGUGAGAAGCUCGAGCACAGCAGCACUUCCUGUGCUCUUACUUUCUGAUAUUUCAAAAUAAAACACAUAGGAACAGACGGAGGGAGAGGGUCGCUCGUCACAAAGUCUAAGUACGGAUCCGGGAGCAUAUGCAUAGUAGCAUAAUGUUACGCGAUGUGUCCGUUCCAGCACGAUAUAUAAAACAAACAGUCUAUCAAGUUUACAAAAAAAAAAA